AGGAGACAAGACGGUACAAAGAUCCAAAUUGAACACACCGCGCCGUAUGGUGUCAAUUUCUUUAUUUUAAGUAUUUUGUUUCUCUGACUACCUGGUUAUUAUUUCCUGUAUCAAUAUGCGUGGCAUUAUCGUUGCACUGCUAGCAUUGGCUACGGUUGCAUACGGCCACGGACACCACGAUGACAAUGGAGAGGUAGAGACAGACUGGGCUACGAGGCAUAUGCGAGAGGAACACCACAUCGACUCGUUCGACGCCGGCUCAUUCUUCGCCCUCCACGAUUACGACAAUUCAGGGGACUGGAGAAACGACGAAAUCAUGAAAACGUACGGUCUAUUAGACUCAUCGAACACCCAUCUCGGCGCAGAACAAAAAGACGCAGUAGUCAAUGAAGUACUGAGAUUAUUCAAUCCUUCUGGCACCGGAACGGUUUCGCGCGAUGAGUGGAUGAGCCAGGUUCAGGCUGGUGUCAGAUUGCCUGACUUCGGAUAUGGUCCUGGCCACCAUGGCGAUAUUGAGUACGAAUACGAGAUUCAUCACUUCGAGAAAUUUCAUGGCGAAGAUGCCAAGGAGGAGGAUUUGACUCAUCCGGAGGAUAUUGAGCAUUUCAGAUUGCAUGACGAGAUGGAACUGGCGGAAGAGAGACUGCAGCAAUUGGAAAGCAUGCAGAUUGUUGAGGGGAAUAUUCCCAGGAAAUUUCUCCGGAAUCCAUGAUCUAGCUGAAAUGACCAUAAUGACUGUAUAAUACGAUAUUUGAGAGGUGGAAGACGCGUGUUGGAUGCGUACAUGUAUCAACGAAUAGAUGUCGUUUGUUUGAGGUACGAGUAUCCAUUCGCAUACCAUAUCCAUGACCAAGGAUUUUGAGUUCCAAAGACCCUGGACGAGAACAACGAUCACUGUUCGAAGUCGACCUGAAUAUCGAAAACACAGUGCAUGACGCCAGGGGCAUACGUCUUGACCUCUUCCACAUGGUCACAACAAAUCGAUAAGCUUUGGCGGUCGAUACCGUUCAAUCGCCCAGCCAAAUUAACAUACUCAGCUACGAUUUCGUCCCUCUUCUUCUCAAUUUCAGUAACAUCCACAUUCUCAUGUACAUGGGUCCAGCCGCCAUGUUUCCUAUCCAAAAGCCUGAGUGAAGGGUCCCAUGUAGGCCGAGACGUAGGUAGUAAGCCCAAAUUGACAUGUCUAACCGGAGCCCAGUGUCCUCUUUUCUUCAGCUCAGGUUGUAUUCUCUCCAUGAUCGCUGGAGCAGAUU